CAAUAAGUGUACUGCCACACUCUUCUUCCAUAUGCACCUUUCACAGAGUAGUCCAUCAACUUACAUUUAUACACACACAAGCAUCAUUUUGCUUAUCUGCUUAAAAUUUAAGUUACCUACCUUUUCUUCAUGGCUUUUCCUUUGAUAUUUCUCUUUGCUAUUUUAUUCUUUAUGGUUCCUCCAAACAAUGCCUAUUGGCCACCUUCACCUGGUUACUGGCCAAGUUCUAAAGUCAGGUCUAUGAAUUUUUACAGAGGUUUUAGAAACCUAUGGGGACCUCAACACCAAAGCAUGGAUCAACAUGGAUUAACAAUUUGGCUUGAUAGAACCUCAGGAAGUGGAUUUAAGUCGUAUCGUCCAUUUCGAUCCGGCUACUUUGGUGCUUCAAUUAAGCUUCAUCCUGGCUACACUGCAGGAGUUAUUACAGCUUUUUAUCUUUCUAACAGUGAAGCACAUCCAGGAUUUCAUGAUGAAGUAGACAUUGAGUUUCUAGGGACAACAUUUGGAAAGCCUUAUACUUUGCAGACCAAUGUUUAUAUAAGAGGGAGUGGAGAUGGGAAAAUUAUAGGUAGGGAAAUGAAAUUUCAUCUAUGGUUUGAUCCUACCAAAAAAUUUCAUCACUAUGCUAUACUUUGGAAUCCUAAGGAAAUAAUAUUCCUAGUGGAUGAUGUGCCCAUAAGGAGGUACCCAAGGAAGAGUGAUGCAACAUUUCCACUAAGACCAAUGUGGGUUUAUGGUUCAAUUUGGGAUGCUUCAUCAUGGGCAACAGAAGAUGGAAAAUACAAAGCUGAUUACAAAUAUCAACCUUUUGUUGCAAAGUACACCAACUUCAAGGCUAGUGGUUGCUCAGCCUAUGCAUCACGUUGGUGUCGUCCAGCCUCGGCCUCACCAUAUCGGUCUGGCGGCUUGACUCGACAACAACAUUGGGCUAUGAGUUGGGUUCAAAGACACCACAUGGUUUAUAACUAUUGUCAAGAUCCUAAAAGAGAUCAUAGAUUAACACCUGAGUGUUGGGGUUAAAAAUUGAAACUCUACAAAUAUUGUUAAUAAAAUUGGGGAAGAUUUAGGUCCCCAAACAAUUUGCUAGUGUGA